AUGGGCGCGCCGCUGGGGUUGAUAGAGCGCAUGGAGCCGCAGCUGGCGGGACUGCUGCUGUCCCGCUGCAUCUCACGGCGGGUGUCAUACUUAGCCCGCACAACACCUCUGCCUUUCCUGCCCAAGGAGGAGUGGUCUGAAUGGGGAAGGCGGCUGCUGGAAACGCUCCUUACAGCAUGUGGCAUUAACCACCCGCGGGGGGAUGAGGAAACUUCUCGCACGUGGGCGCAAGCCUCACUACCCAUAUCGCUCGGUGGCCUGGGGCUGACGGACCCUUCCGUGGAAGGAAGCUACAGCUUCCUCGCCAGCUACACGCAGGCGCAGCUCUUACUCGACUCCUUGGACAGCGAGUGCUCUGGCCCUUUGGAAGUCACGCGCGAGCUGAUGCGCGGCCCCUACACCGAUGCGCCAGGGUCGCCGUGGGCACUGGCUUCAUCUGCGGGGGGAAUGCAGACGCGCGAGAUCGGCGAGCCGACACUGCCAGAUCACGAGGAGCAGGGAGGGGACGUGGCGGAGCGAACUGGGCCCACGGGUCCCCGCCACCCGCGCCAACAAAGCCAGUCCCCGCAGGCAGCGGACGAGCUGAGCGCGCCGGGGAUCCCACAGGAUUAUGGGGCAGGAGCGCGGCGAGAGGAGCGACUGGAGCAGCAGGAGGAGCAGAUUGCGAGGACGACCCCGCAUGGGAGCGGUGGAGAGCUUUCUCCACACCGUCCAAUUUCUUCAGGACUUGCUCCAUCGCGGAAGGCGCCGGACGCGCAGCCCCGCCGCGACCGUAACCCCCCCGUCGCCCACGAUGCGCACGCCCACUCGCGCUCGAACGCACAGGCGACUGUGGGCGAGACAGGCCCCGCUGACGCUGGCGGUCAGAGGAACGCUCCGUGCGACGAGGAGAGUAGAGCCGCUGGCGCUUCGCAAGAGGGGGAGAACGUGGCGCCAAGGACCGAUAUCCAGACGCAUGACGAGCAGGCGAUCGCGGACGAGAGGAGCGGGGAGCGGGAGAACGGUGGCGAUACGAGCGGUGGUCACGGGAACGGCUCCGUGACACCUUGCGCCGAGGAGAUCGAGGAGACCGCGGUGAUCACGGAGACCGCGGAGGCGCGAGUCAGCGCGACGGUCGUCGUGGCGGCUCUCCCGCCUACCGUCGUGGGCCACCGGCGAACGAUGGCGAGGCGAAUGCCCCCGGUGCGCCACAGCCUCUGCGCCGGAGCGCGCGACGGACCCCACACGCGCAGGCUCCCCCAGAGGCAAGGAUCCGCCUCCGAGCAGACCCAGAUCCCGACGCUGAUCCUCAAAGCGCCGAUGGAUCUCGUCCGCAGCCGCCGGCGGAGCAACAGGCACGCUCGCGGCAGGACGCGCGGGAGGAAGUGGACGGGGAGCAGGAUCAACCUCCACGGCGCGGUCACAGCCCAGAGCACCGAGGAAGUCCAUCGGCCUCCGCUCUAG